CCGUAGCUCUUCGGGAUACCGCGCGCGUUCGCCGUUCGCCACGCUCCGCGCGCUCGCACGGUUUUGUACUCGGUGUAUACCAAAGCACCUCUCGAUCACCGAAUCCGUUCUUCCACGCCGGCGAGAGGACGGUGACGCACGUAUAUACAACGCACACCGGCGCGCGCGACCGAUCCUCGUCGUCGUGAUCCCGAGGAUAAACCUCCUCCCCCGCGCGCGCGCGCGCGAGAGAUCCUUCCCGUAGGAUCCGAGAGGAAUUCUCUCUCUUUCACCUUCACCGCGAAAUCCGAUCCGGGGAGGGAGGUCGAGAGUGGUGCGCAUUGUGUUGCCUUUGGUUGUCAAGUGGUGUAAACAAAAGGAGGACCAGGAACGAGAGGGAACGAUGCUGCCGCCGCGAAUACUCGGUCUCCUGGUGCUUCUCCUCGCCGUGCAAGGCUUGUGCAAACCGACUAAGAGUACGGAGCAACUGGAUUACGAGGAUGAUGAUCCUCCUUUCACAGAAGAUGAUGAGGAUGACGAAGAUGAUGAUGCUGACAACACCGGUACCUUCGAGACGGAUCCACAAAUCUUAUCGCAACCAAUAAGCCUUCGCGUAAAAGCUGGAAGCACCGUUAAAUUGCCUUGUCAAGUGAUUCACACAGAAAAUUACGCGGUUGCGUGGCAGAAGGACGGCAAGUAUCUGUACGUCGAAUCCGAGCCACACACAGAAGACAAGAGAAUCAUACGAUUACCAGAUAACACUCUGAUAAUCUAUAACGCGUCGGUCGAGGACACCUCCAACAAUUACAAAUGCAGUAUCCUGCGGAAGCCUGAUUCGAUAGACUUGACACACCGUCUUCUAGUUGACGAAAGAGCGCAUCAGGAAUCUUCGCCGCCGCAGCACUCGCACAAGGGGAUCAUACGCGUGUUGCCCGGGAGGAGGGUUGAAGUGAACGAGGGCCACGCUGUUAAGCUGGGUUGCGAGACCGACAUACAGCCGCCGCCUGAGAUCAAGUGGUUUAUCGAGAACAAGAAGGUGGACGGUUACGAUCCCGAUGUGAUUGUGGACGGAAAUUACAUCACGAUAAGGAACGUGAACGAAUCUCACAGCGGCCUGUAUCAAUGCCUUGCUGAGGAUGGUUCGAAGAUGCCGGCGAUGGAAGCGAUCACCGUUGUCGUGCAUUAUAAACCUAAGGUCGAAGUAGAGAAAAGCAUAGUGUACACUGGGACGGGUAUAGAAUCGGAACUGACGUGCAUCGUGAGCGCCUAUCCCGAGGCAGUCAUAACGUGGUACAAAGAGGAUAAGAAACUUGUUCAGAGAAAAGGAUUGGUAAUGCAUCAUGGGGUAAUGAAAGGCAACAAGACCAAGCACGUUUUGAGUAUCUUGCAUACGUCGGGACGGGACUUGAGCGAGUACAAGUGUCGCGCGGAGAAUAUCAUUGGUCAUGGCACCAAAUCUAUCCUCUUAACAGGUGUGCCCUCGCAACCUAAGAUAUAUGGCUUGAAGAUGCUCAAUGAUGAUACAGGAGUCAUUCUGAAAUGGCGUUUGGAAAGUUACUCGCCAAUCAAGGAAUACAAGUUACAGUAUCGUCACAAAGGUGACCAGGAAUGGACCUUUGUUGAACCUGAAGUCAAAGACGGUAAAGGAAAUCAAUUUCACGUAGAAUAUCCAUUUCGAAAUCUUCAGCCUGGAGCUUAUGAGGCAAUCGUGAAGGCUCAAAACGCAUUUGGAUGGUCUCUAGAUUCAGAACCGCAUACAUUUACUGGUGAUUAUCCACCCGAUUUGGCACUAAAAGGUACAGCUAACGAAAACUCGGCAACUGUUCAAUCUCCCGGAAUUCUUUUAGCGUUGAUCCUAGUCGUUUUAUCUUGUGCCUUCACAAGUCUGUAACUCUUUACUUAAAUCUAAAAUAUGUAGGUAAUUUGCUGCAGCCAAAGCAACACCAGCAAACGCCAUGGUGAAUUUAUUAGCAUAGGAACACUUAGGAAAGAAAUAGUGCAUACACACAUACAUUCUCAGUGCAAAUUGCCCCUCUCUAUCAGAAUAUAUUUUACGUAAGAUAAAUAUAGUAAAUUCUUCUCAAACGUACGGGCAUUAUUGAGAUUUAUUAAUAUACAAAACAUUUUAGUCAAAAUUUUGUGAUUAUAAUUUACAUACAAUUCGCCUAGGUGUUCCAUUAAAAUGCAUUGUAAAGAAAAAAAUGAGCAUUUUAAUUAUACUCCGUAAAACCACGAAUUAUUAUUAAGGGAUAUUGUACUUUAAAGUAUAUACAUAAUUUAUAUAUUUUAUCUAUCAUAUACACAUAUAUAUAAUUGAUACGUACAUGUAUAUGUGUAUAUGUGUACACGUACAUAAUAUAGUAUUCACUAUACAUGCGUAAGCUCACAGAGAGACACACAAUCAUAUUAUUAUAAUUUAUUUUUGUAUGCUUAAGAUUAUUAGAAACGUGUUCAAAGAUGUCGCUUGGUGCCAUGUACACGGAUUUACUACUUCCGAAAAAAUCAUGUAUAGAAUCUGAUCUGUCAUCCACAGUGCACAUGUGAAAAAAGCAUAUAUCUGAAAUAAUGUAGUAGAAGAGAAGUAAAUGUUAUAGGAACGUACUAUAUUGCAUAUUGCGUUAUUGCGAUAAUACAACGUGCAUAACCGAGUCGACGAAAAGCAUAAAGUUGGAAGCAUUCAUAUCGUAAUUAUCGUACAAGAAUUAUUGAUUAUUAUCAUUACGUCCACGUUCCCGUAUGUUUGCUCCCAACAAAAGCGAAUUUUUUUUUAUUUACUCCUACGUUUUUCGAUAUAUAUUAAUGUGAUGCGCGCGAAUAAAAAAAUGAAUGUGACAGAAGCGAGUAUGUGUGAGAAUGGCGUUCUAGUGUUUUCCACAAUAAUUUGCUAGCUUUUAGCGCUGAUAUGUUGUUAUAUUGAUUUAUAAUUAAUGUUAUAUGCAGUACUGUAAGCAACCAUAAUUGUGUAAGAAACUGCCCAUUUUAAAAACGGUGUGCUUGUAGAUAUGAAUUACAGCAUAACACAUGAAGCAGCCAUAUCCCUUCUAAAGUGUUUAAAACAUUAUUUAUACAAUAAGUUUGACUUUAAUUUUUUUUAAGAGUUUGCAGAGAGUUUGCAUUUUUAAUAAUAAUAAAUGAAUAAUCAUAUAUUAUUGAAGUUAUGACAAAAAAUGUAUAAUUUUAUUAUUUGAAAUAAUAUCUUUCAACAAUUAAAUUUUUAAUUAGAAAAGUUAUAAAUGUUUGUUAGUAACAAUAUCAAAAUACAAUUUUAUACUGUACUUACUUUAUUAUGUCCAGUUUACUUUAAAGAUUUUUUGUACCUAUGAUUUUACAAUAUGAAUGUACGAUUUAAUAUUUUUAGAGGUGAAAUGGCUAUGGGAAAGUUGCAACUGAAUGAAGAUAGAAAAAUUAAAUCUGUUAUUAUUGGUCUACAUGAUUACUAAUUAUUGAAAGUUUUGUAAGUGUAGUAAAUUUAUAAUUAAUUACGAAAACAAAUUAUUUAUACAAAUUAAUCAGACUUGAAAUUGUAAAAAUUCAUAAUUUACUUUAUAUCUUUUCAUUUAUUGAAAAGUUGUAUCAUGUAUCAAAAAGGGUAUCAUUUUAAAUUUUACCAACUUUAUCUUAUUAUAUAUGUAUAAAGUUGAAAGUUUAUUUUAAAAUAUGUCGACUAUAUACAUGUGUAUGUAUGUGUGUGUGUGUGUAUACACAUGUGUAUACAUACACAUAUAUACAUAUAUGUACAUAAACAUAAGGAAAGUUGUUAGUCAGAAUGCUUAUAAAACAUUAUUAUCAAUACGCAACACACCUGAUGUGUAUAUGAAUAUAGCUUCUUGUUGCCUUAAUCAAUGUAACAUGUACAAUCAAGAAAAACAAGAAAGAUAUAUUAAUUCAUAAGAUUAUACUUGCAAAUACCUAAUAAACAAACUAAAAUAAUAA